AUGGAAACUACAUCCGGUGUAAAAGUUGCGGAAGAACCAAAAAAGACUGUUAAAAGAGACGCUUUAAAGUCCAUUGAACAAAAGAUUCAACAAAUAUGGGAAAAUGAACGUGUUUUUGAAGUUAACGCUCCAACCUUACAAGAAAUUUCUGAUGAUUCUAUUUUACAUGAAAAAUUUCCAAAGUUUAUGGGUACUUUAGCUUAUCCUUAUAUGAAUGGAAGAUUACAUUUGGGUCAUAUGUUUACUAUUACAAAAAUUGAAUUUACAACUGGAUAUGAAAGAAUGAAAGGCAAAAGAGCUUUAUUUCCUUUAGGUUUUCAUUGUACUGGUAUGCCUAUAAAGGCAUGUGCCGAUAAAUUAUCAAGAGAAAUUGAAAAAUUUGGUCCAAAUUUUAAACUUCCAGAGAUUGAUGAAGGAGUUAAAAGUUUAGAUUUGAAUUCCUCUUCUCAUGAUCCAUCUGGAUCAUCAUCAAAAGUCAUGCAAAAAAAAGGAAAAGUUGCAUCAAAAUCAACUGGUCAAAAAUAUCAAUUUCAAAUUAUGAAAAGUUCUGGAGUACCUGAUGAAGAAAUACCAAAAUUUGCUGAUGCAAAAUAUUGGGUUUAUUAUUUUCCUAAAUUGGCCAUAAAAGAUUGCAAGUCUAUUGGUGCUAAGAUUGAUUGGCGUCGUUCUUUUAUUACAACGGACAUUAACCCUUAUUAUGAUUCAUUUAUUCGAUGGCAAAUGAAUAAAUUGAAAGCUCUUAAUAAGAUUAAAUUUGGUGAAAGAUACACUAUCUAUUCUCCUUUUGAUAAUCAACCUUGUAUGGAUCAUGAUAGACAAAGUGGUGAAGGGGUUGGUCCACAAGAGUAUACUUGCAUCAAACUUAAAGUUUUAGAGUGGAGUAAAAAUGCUAAAGAACUUUUUGGUGAAAACCCAGAAUUUAAAGAUAAAAAUAUUUAUUUUGUUGCUGCUACUCUCAGACCUGAGACAAUGUAUGGACAAACGAAUUGUUACAUAGGGACUGAGAUAGAUUAUGGUCUUUUUAAAAUUAAUGACACUGAUAUAUUUAUUUGUACUUAUCGUGCUGCUCGUAAUAUGGCGUUUCAAGGAUAUUCUGAAGAUCGUGGUAAAGUCAAUCAAUUGGCUGAAGUUAAAGGAUCAGUAUUAAUUGGAACUAAAGUCAACGCUCCAUUGAGUAAAUAUGAACAAGUUUAUAUUUUACCAAUGGAGAACGUUUUACAAACUAAAGGAACAGGUGUUGUUACAUCGGUUCCUUCGGAUUCUCCAGAUGAUUAUAUAACUCUUAUGGAUCUUAAGAAAAAAGCUGAAUAUUAUAAAAUAGAUCCAUCAUGGGCUAAUUAUGAACCUGUACCCAUUAUUCGUACUCCGAAUUAUGGUGAUUUAUCUGCUCCAAAUGUUUGUGUUCAAAAGAAAAUCAAUUCUCAAAAGGAUCGUGUACAAUUGGCUGAAGCUAAAGAUAUAGUUUACAAGGAAGGAUUUUAUAAUGGCAUUAUGUUAGUGAGUGAUUAUGCAGGAAAACCUGUUCAGGAAGUCAAACCAUUAAUUAGAGAUUUGUUGGUUUCCACAAAACAAGGUUUCAUAUAUAACGAACCUGAAAGUCUUGUAAUGUCACGUUCUGGUGAUGAAUGUGUUGUUGCUUUAUGUGAUCAAUGGUAUUUGGAUUAUGGUGAAGAAAAUUGGAGAAAAUUGGCGGAAAAAUGUCUUAGUCAAUUGAAUACUUAUGGUUUAGAAGCACGUCAUCAAUUCGAGCAGACGCUUGCUUGGUUGAAUCAAUGGGCUUGUGCUAGAAGUUAUGGUUUAGGUUCUAGACUUCCUUGGGAUCCUCAAUACUUGGUUGAAAGUUUAUCAGAUUCCACUAUUUAUAUGGCUUAUUAUACGGUGGCUCAUUUAUUACAUGGUGGGACACUUGAUGGUUCAAUACCGGGACCUCUUGGUAUUAAGGCUUCUGAAUUAACGGAUGAAGUAUGGGAUUAUAUUUUUAAUGAUGCAACUUAUCCAACUUCUUGUUCUAUCCCACAAGAAAAACUGGAUAUAUUAAGACGAGAAUUCAGAUAUUUUUAUCCUUUAGACCUUCGUGUAUCUGGAAAAGAUUUAAUCCCUAAUCAUUUAACCUUCUUUAUUUAUAAUCAUGUCGCUAUAUUUCCUGAAAAAUACUGGCCAAGAGGUAUAAGAUCAAAUGGUCAUUUGCAAUUAAAUCGGGAGAAGAUGAGUAAAAGUACUGGCAAUUUUAUGAAUGGUUGUGACGCUGUUGAAAAAUAUGGUGCUGAUGCAACCCGUGUAACACUUGCUGAUGCAGGUGAUGCAAUCGAGGAUGCAAAUUUUGAAGAAAGCACUGCAAAUGCAGCCAUUUUAAGAUUGUUUACUUUGAAAGAAUGGUGUGAAGAACAAGUAAAAAACAAAGAUUCCCUUCGUACAGGGUCAGAAAAUAAUUUUCAUGACAGAGUUUUCGAGAAUGAGAUUAACAAAUUAAUUGAACAAACAGAUAAGUCAUAUAAUGAUUCAAUGCAUCGUGAUGCAUUGAAGUAUGGAUUUUACGAGUUACAAACAGCUCGUGACUGGUAUCGUGAAGCCGUUGUUAAUGAGGGAAUGUCUAAAGAUUUGAUUUUACGAUGGAUUGAAAUACAAGCUUUGUUGUUAUCACCAAUAGCUCCACAUUGGUCCGAAUAUAUUUGGAAGGAUGUCUUGUCAAAAGAAGGCCUUAUUGUUAACGCACCUUUCCCAAAAAUAUCUGCUCCUAUUGAUGAAGGAUUGAUUGAAGCAGGAGAAUAUGUUAGAAAGAUGAUCAAAUCUGUACGUGAUCUAGAAAUAGCAUCACAAAAGAAGAAAAAGAAGGGUAAAGGAGAAAACUUUGAUCCUUCUAAACCUAAAUCACUUAAAUUAUUUGUUGCAACACGAUUCCCAGAAUGGCAAGAUUUUGUUGUCGAUGCCAUAAAACAAAAUUAUGAUGAGCAAAAUAAAACUUAUGAUGACGUUAAAAUUCGAGAAAUUUUAUCACAAAAAGGCAUUUUAAAGAAUAAAAAGACGAUGCCAUUUGUACAAGAAUUUAAGAAAAGUGUUGAUAAACUUGGUCCAAUAGCAUUUAAUCGAACCUUAUUAUUCGAUGAAUAUGAUACACUUGUUAUGAGUAAAGAUUUCAUACAAAAGAGUUUAGGGUAUAAUAAAGUUGAUAUUUUUAGAGAAAAUGAAGCAACAGAAAGUGGUGAAAAAAUGGUGACUGAAAUAGCUGUUCCUGGUGAACCUGGAGUUUUAUUUAAGAAUAUAGAAUAA